AUGAUGGACGAGGUGCUCAGGGAAGAAAAGGCUGCCGCAUCAAGAGAGAACCGCAGUGCUGAGCCAGUUUGUAUGGUUUUCGAGAUGGACCGUUCCCUUGACCGUCGUCGCUAUAACGCCCCUACAUCCAAUGGGAGGCCGUUGUUCACGUCGGCAAAGACGAGUCCAGAUGAAGAAGAGGGAUCACGCCCGUCGACGCUCCCGCAUAUCUCAACGGGUUACUACUUCUACUUGCUUCAAGUCAGGCCUGGCUUUAAUCCGAUUCAUCACGGAGGCCCACUUACGCAGCAGUUCAUUGUCGACGCUUGGGUUAAGACGGAGCAGAACCGCUUCAACUACAUCCGCACCUAUCAAGCCAACUCUCGAGCGGACACGUACCAGUCGCUACUCGACUUCAUCUCCACUGAAGACGGUAGCAAUGGACCAGCGGGCAAGCGAAUCAUCCUACCAGCCACGAUUAAAGGAAGUCCGCGCUCUAUGUUACAAGACUACCAAGACGCCAUGACCAUUGUCGCAAAAUAUGGCAAGCCGAACUUCUUCAUAACGUUUACAUGUAACCCCAAAUGGCGGGAAAUUGAAGAGAGCCUUCAGCCACAGAUUGCCACCGACCGUCCUGACAUCGUUGCGAGAGUUCACAAGUGCAAGUUCGACGCCCUCAUGGAUCUACUUCUCACACAACACGUUCUCGGCCGCGUCGUAGGUUACGUAUCUUCGAAUGUCAGAAGCGAGGGUUGCCACACACGCACUCUCUUCUCAUCUUGGACAACCAAUCAAAACCUCGCACAGCAGCCGACGUCGAUCGCUCAUCAGUGCUACCCCGGACUCCGCUGA